AUGAAGCGCCCCGCAGAGGAUCGUGUACCGUUGUGGGAUGAUCCCAACCAGCUUACCAUCCCUCGGCUUCGCCAUACCUUGUCGGUGUAUAAAAUCUCCAUCGAUCAAGGUGAACCCCGGACCAAGUUAUUUCAGCAGUACGUCCGCCUGGCGCGGAUCCAGUCGCCUGACUCUGUGAAGUUUUGGAUCGGGCAACACUCUUUAACUGGACCCCUGCCAGCUCCCGAUGCACUUGUUGUUUCCCAGAUUAAGAUUUUCCUGGCUCUACACAAGAUUGACUACCCAGCGCAGGCCAAGCGUGGCCACUUAGUCCACCUAUACCAAUCCAUCACUCCAGCUGCCCCAACCCGAAGGUCUCUCAUUCCUUCUUCUCCAGCCACAAGCGUCACAGUCUCAGUCGUCAUCCCCCCUCAUCCCGAACACAAGAAACGCAAAGCCAACUUGCGACAAAAAUCCAAAUCAAGUCCUCCCAAACCACUGCCCAAGUCAAAUGCUCUGUGGCUCGUUCCAAGUCAUAUCGGCAAGCCGGGUAUCGAAAAACUUCCCAGUCAUGGCAGGAGCAAGCGGAUCAAGUCAGCGGCCCGCAGUGAGACCUUUUUUGCGCCGUAUAGCCGCCGGGAACAUGCAGAAGACGAGCAGCCAUCCAGUGCUAAGCCUCGAAAGGUCAGCUCGACUUCCAGGCGCUCUUCUACAACCGGAGCCGCCGACCCGAGGUCACUGUCGCAUAUGUCUGAAUCAUCCCAACAUCACACUCUCCGUCGAUCCCCACGACUACGGGCAGCCCACGAAGACAGUCAAAUGCUCGCAGACCUUCCAAGUCAUGAAUUAUCCCUGUCGUCAGUUGAACCGACUCAGAGCUCCCGAAAUGAGGCACAUGACAAUGAAUCUCGACAAUACGGCUCUGAUGAUGAUUCAGACAUGUCAAAUCGCCGAGGUGAUGUUGUGGAAGCGUCCACGCGUGCAAGCUCGCCCACUCCAUCCGUUAGCCUGGCUGACUCCCCCAUCCACCCCGUGCCCUCUCGAGAAUCUUCGCAAGACAGGCAUUCUCCAACUGAAGAAGAAGCUUCCGAGUCUCCUUUCGAAGCGCCACUGACCCCUCAACAGCCAACUCAAGAUGGUCCCGAAUCUCCCUUUGAAGCGCCAGGCAGCCUCAUCUCUCCCUUUGGACGGUCCUCCGUUGCCACUACAGCUGAUGGUAGUCAAUCAAUACAAUCCUCCCAACAGUCAACUCAAGAAGAAGGCCCUGAGUCUCCCUUCGAAGCAGCUUCAACCUCCAGAUUUUUUGAAGAAGGUGCACAACCUCCGACGGCCGACUUAUCCCCACGAGCCUCGGAAGAAGUCGAAUCGUCCCGCGUCCAACGAUCGUCAUCUCCUGUGGGGCUGGGAAAUGAGCCAGAAGACAGCGACUUCCGAUCAUCUGAAUGGUCAUCAAGGCUAGCAGACCAAGAAUCUGAAGUCUCUACACGGCCCUUGGUGCAAGCUGGUGACUCCGAAGCAUCAUCGACAUCGCCAUCGGCCAAUCAUUCUUCAGAGUCAGAAGACCACGACUCAGAAGACCACGACUCCGAAUCAUCCCAGCAGUCUUCACGGCCCGAAGUGUCCAGGCGGCGUGUGACAGAUGAAAUGACAGCUAGCUCCAGGCCUCAGCCACUUUCCGGAGCAAGUAAGAAGCGCAAGUCUGAGGACCCCUCAGAGUGGCCGGAUGCGUCAAUUCUAACGCGAGUUCAACUCGAAGAAUAUCUAGCGGCGCAUGAUGUUCCGUACGAUCGCUCGACUCGGCUUGCGCGAAUCAUUGGUAGCUACAACCUGCUUCGAUCCAGUCUCCCUCAUCUUGGGGAUCUCCAGCCCUUCAAACGCCCAAGAGCUUCUCAGUCCAGUCCUCCUCCAUCCUCCACUGGAAUCAAACGCAGGCGAACUCGCGCCAGAGUUGAGGCAAGCAGUGACGACGAUCAGGUUGGGUUUGUAUACUCCAGGCCGGAGCGGCCUCGAAAUGCCUCCAUCCCUCCUCAGAGUCCAUCUGACUCUGGGUCAUCUGACUAUCAGCCAUCGGUUGCGCCCACUGAGACGUCGGUUGGUACACCUUCUCGGGCAUCAAACAGCACACGCUCAACCAUCAGAACCACCAGAAGCUUUCCCACGGAAAAUCCCCGACAAAAGCGAGCCAAGAAGGGCAAUAAUCGACCCCAGACCUCCAAGAAAGCCGGAAAACGUCGAGCGCGAGCAUCCCGGCCCAAGAGAACCCGCUGGCGCGUUAGCACUCAUCAUGAAGCCGACCUGGCUAGUGAUACUGUGAACUUUGUUCCUGUUCUUCCCGAGACCUCAAAGAAAAGGAAGAAUCGAUCUUCGACUCCUGCCCGUGCGAAACGGGCGUGCCCUGGCCCUGAUGAUCUUCCUUCUUCCGAGUUCGCUACCCAUCGUCAAGCCUCUGCCUCUCGUCGUCGCCAACCCGAAACCCGGCAUAAUACCUACACUCCUCAUCCCUCCUUUCGUGAUGAUGGUCAGGUCGAUUUGGAGGAUGUGACACCGGGACACACUGAACAGUCAGAGCAGUCAGACCGGCUGGGUCGCCCAAGCAAGAGAACUCCCCCUGCCGAGUCCUCUUCACGUUCAGUUCACACUAAACGGACUCGACCCAAUCCACCCGAUUUCGAUUGGUCUGACUUGGAGCUGCAACAGUCGAGGCCCCCCCUUCGUCCAUCCACCUCCCGUAGAGAAGGAAGAGUACGCAGUGACAGCUAUGCCCCUGCAUCCUCAUUUCAUGAUGACCCAUUGGCCUCUUCCUUUCAUGACGGCGGGCCCACUCAACCUCACCUUGACCAUCCGCAAGAAACCCACCCACUUGCGACUCCCCGGAGCAAAAGACGACGACCGGAUGAUAGCUCUCCCAGCCCUCAACGUGCCAAACGGCGAGCGCCAUCAGCUGCCUGCCUUAUCCCGAGCUCUGCACACGUUCGCCGCCGAAGAGCAAGGGAGCAAAGAGUUCGACUCAACAGCCUCACAAUCCCAUCAAUCCAUGACGAUUUUAUAGUACCCAAUCCUUCAGAGAGUGGGGUUGAGAGGUGGAGGAACUCGGUGCCUCCAGGAUUGUCACCACCAUCUCGUAGCCCAUCCCCACCACCUUCGGCAAAUCCUAAUUUGAGAGGUUGCGCCCUGGGAGGAUGUACCGGAAUGUUGUCGGAAUUGACCCAAGCUGCAGGGCGUCUAACCGAUUCUAUUGUCCAUGCGACGAAUCAAGCAUCGCUUAUGCAGAGUACUAGCCUUAUGCCGAUUACUGGUCAACCCCAGAUCCCUGCAAGUCGCCCCUCAGGACCCCGAGACCUGUCUCUUCUGGCUCGAGUGCGCCAACACAUCAGGACCCUAUUCGGCAAGACAAUGGAAUUGAAUAUCUUUCCACCCCCGGCCACUGCCGCCGAGAAGGCCCUGUGGAGGCGCGACCCGGAAAACGACUACCCGGAAGACGAGCCCAUGUCCGCCUCAAGCGCAUCGUCACAUGACGAUGCCGUUGAUCCCUGCUUUCCAUAUGCCAAUGGACCUGGUCAUAGGCAAGCAUCUGCGUCUACACUCAAGAUCAUGUGGCGUUCUAUGCAACGAUGUCGCGUAGUAUCAUUCCGGCCCGACUUCGUUCGAGCUGUCCGGGACACCGACAAUCUAUUCCUAUGGGACCUUGCCCACAGCAUUUUCAUCAAGCUAGUCAGAGCCCAGGAGUACCCAGAAAUUGAUCUCGAGACUUGCUCCUCAGCAAAGAUAUAUGAUGCGAUUCUCAAUCAUGCCAAGCAACUCAAGCGAACGUACACCCAGGCAGGUUGGGACCCCCGACGGCAGGAUGCGCAGGCCCAGAAGAAACGUCGUCAAAUGUGCACCACUCGUUUACGCGAUGCUCGACUCAAAUUUUGUACCACUCAAUCAUUCCUCAUCCCCCUUAUCCCGGUGAUUGACGAGUGCACUAGUGACACCGAAAGUGACGCUGGGAUCGAAGGGUCGGACAUGGACACGGGUGAGAAUGAGAGAAUUGCGUUCGUAACAAAGUUGCCGUGGCGCCAUCCUCGAAUUGAAGAAGCCGUUCAAUUAAUCGACCAACUAAUUGAGCGUAAGAGGAAAUCGGGCAGUAGAGAUUUCGGACGAUCGUCGUCAUACACCCGAUUUCGGUACGGUAACCCCAGGAUCAGUGAUUGGCCCUGCCCUGCUCAACUCCCUGCCCAUGCGUACUGCGAAGACUGGCUCAAGAAUCAAAGAAUCCCCGAGUUGACCAAGUUGCACAUCCAGACAGGUCCAUCAUUAAAGGGUCUCGUGAAAGAAUUAAAGAAGCUGAUCUGA